AUGGUUCAAUAUGUAAUUACACCUUGGCGUACCCGUCGUGAGCUUAUCCAAGUACGCGAAAGACUUUACCAAAAUACAGAGACUGGCCCUCCAAAUGAUACUCAUCGCCGACAAGCUGUAUGCCUCAUCUCUGUGUGGAUGCAACGUGGAAAUUGUCCCCAUCUUGUCGAAUCUUCUGCCAUUAUUACUUCAGCCAUUUUAAACGAUGUUCCCGGAAAUUCAUCCUAUUGUGUGAGAGCUGCUUAUUCUGCUGCUUUCUGUCGAUUUGUCACAGGUCUUCUCGAUAGUCAUCAAGAUAAGCGUCGCAAAUUAAGUAUGUACUCGAUUGCGAAAACUAUCGGCUUACCAGCUACAUACGUUGAACUUCGACAUCAAGCUACUCACGAGGAACUCCCAUCACUUCCUAAACUUCGAAUAGCUGCGCGCAAAGCACUAAAAUGGAUUUGGGAUUUUUACUGGGUAGAUUUAUCUAUUGGUGAAGAGGAUGACGAUUGCAAGGCAUUCGUGCGGGGAGUUCUAGCGCAGAAGGACCAAGGAAUUAAUUUAAAUAUGAUAAAGGAUCGACUUGAGACCUUUGGGAGAGACGACAUUCUUCGCGCGUUAGAUGAACUGGAGGAAUCUCUUGAGGAUCCCAUGACACUGUUACAAGCGCUCAAAUUCCGACAAAAGAUAUUCGACUGGGACGAAUCGAAAUCCUCAAAAAGCAAUGCCUCAUCCAAACCCGAUACAGCCGCCCAAGACCUUGAUGAUUUUCGAGCGGAAAUUAUGAGAAUGGAACAUGACUUGGAUGGUACCGAUGCCUCUCCGCAAGUAGAUACGGGUGACGAAUCUUCCACGAAUAAUACGGAGAAAGGCUGGACACGUUGGGAGGGACCAUGGAAACCAAAACCAAUAGGAGUAUUGUGA